CUAAUCGUCUAUGGCAUAUCGUUUACUUUCACUACUUAGCUCCGCCUCGCAGUAAGGCCUCGUCCGGCCUCGUUCCUGAAGACAAUUUAGUGGACUUGUUACAUAAAUAACUAUAACUUGUUCCAGUGUUGUACAAGAAUAUUUUAUUUGUUUGUGAAUAAUGUACGUGCUGCUUUUUGGAGAACCAUUUUGAGUGGUUUUAUUCAGCAGCACUUUUGCUGCUGCAGGCUACUAAUUAGUGUUACACACAUUGCUUGUUUCAUUUUCAUAAAUAUGUAGUACAAAGUUAUGAACACGUAAAUGUCACAUCCUAUGCAGUUUCGUGGCGAAACAUUCCAUCUGUUGAAUUAUUGGGUGAAUCCCGCCUUUCCAAGGGUGCAACAUUCCAUCAAAGACGAAGGAAUGUUGAAGUUAGUCACUCGUGAAAUGUUGCUAUUUACAUCUUUAUCAGACAAUAAAAGGUGUUUUUAUUAGUUGUUAUUAUUAUAACAGAUAACAAAAUUAAUUACAUUCGCAAACCUUUUACAAUUUUGUUUCAAGCAUGUUUGUUAGCAAUGUUGGCACGGAUGGGGAACAAUUUCUUUCGAUUAAGUUUUGACAAAUGGGACGUGUUUGAAUUUGGAGGUUAGAAAUGAAACUAUAAUAGGAGUAAUGAUUUGUGAAAAUGUACCUAAAAUACUUGAUGUAUUGUACGGGAAGACAUAAGUACUCAGUGGGAAAAAACUUCAUUCAUCUCAUCAAGGAUGGAAAACCAUAUCGUUCCUUCCAUUUUAAUUCUAAGUGCGUUUUAAGAAAAGUUGCAAUCCAAGAUCUUUCAGUGAAGAGAUCCAUCAAUGAAAGUUUUGAUUAUGCCAUUGAGAAGACUGAAGAAAAGCUAACCCCCAAAAAGCGCAAUACAGUGCCCAAACGAAAAGUAGUAGAUGAGAUUUUAGAUUAUUUGAAAAAGUCAUUCUCUCCAGAAGUGAUAAAUGCUGUCCCUCACAAAUAUCUUCGAAGAAAUAAGAACACGGAUCAGAUGUAUCUUAUUGCACCUGAUGUAGCUGAUACAAUUGUUCAGUGUAUGAAGGACAAUAUUUUAAAGAAGAAUGAUAUUGUGUUGGAAACUAAUCCUGGUCUUGGUGUUCUGACAAAAAAGUUAAUUGAUGCAGGUGUUGAACAAUUGCAUCUUCAUGAACCUUCAACCACGUUUAAUAAAAUUCUGAAGAAAUUUUAUUCCUUUGACUCUGACAAAGUGAACAUACAUUCUACUGAUUUUCUUACUCUGUGGAAAAUUCAUUAUCAAGACAAAAUGGAUGAUGGUAGUAGAUUGCAAGAUAUAUUAUCUCAUUAUCCAAAGAUGAGCUGGUCUGAAGAACCUUACCUCAAAAUAAUUGGAUGUAUCCAGUCUCCAAAUUUUAUUAAACAUUUAAUAUUGAGCAUUGUUUUUCAAUCUGGAAUAAUGACUCACUGCCGCCCAGAGCUAUAUAUCAUUGUUCCUCCAACAUUACACAGAACUUUCACGUGCACAGGAAAGGAUGGGUAUAUUAGAUACAGAAGCAUCAGUGUUUUAUUUCAGCUCUUUUUUGAUUACGAACUUUUGGAAAAGCUGCCUCGAAAAGCAUUUUUGCCAUGGGCAAUAUCUAUGGCUCCAAAGAAAAGAAAAAUUGAUGAGAUAUCUGCACUAAAUGAUGAAUGGUUAUAUUUAAUGAAAAUUGUUCCAAAAAGGAAUUUGUAUGAAACUGUUCCUGCUGAGAAGUUACCAGCUCUUUGGUACUUUGUAAGACAUCACUUCUGGAGUCGUAGUGGUAGAGUUAUAAGAGAAAUGGAAUCUUGGAUUCCUGGGUGUGGAGUGAGACUUGUUCUGGAAGGAUACAACAUUUUCACAGAAUUUGGUGAUCUAGAGCCUUCAGAAGUUCUCCGUAUCUUCCAAUUAUUUUCAGAGUGGCCUGAGUAUCAGGAUUGUUCUUUUUUGUCUUCCUUGGAAACUGCUCUCCUUAAAUUGGAUGAAAAUUCUAGUGAUAAAUUGGAAAACGAAGGAAGUGAUGAUGAAGCAGCUAAUGAAGAUAAUGAAGAUAGGAGGUGAAUGUCAUCGUCUGUGGAAGACUGACCCCUCGCCACUGACUGGCUGAGAGCUGAACUCGGCCGGUCAAGAACAAGCAGUUAAUGAGUAGAUCAUUGAAGAAGUGAGGAUGGGAAGAUCUGUGCGGGCACUUCCAAAGAAACUGCGGAUAAAUUCCCAACUCGUUGUGCUGCAACAGCACAUUCUUUCUCACGCUAUUGGAAACAGCUACGUAAAAUUGAAAAUAUUCCAUUUUCAGCGCUACUAAAACCUCAGCUAUUCCUUGAAAACUUCCAGUUGAUCCAAGAAGCAAGCAACGCCUUCUUGCCAGCGCAGCGAUGUCAAAACUACGUGCAUUCGCUUGGCGAAUAAUAUCAAUUCUUUGCAAAAACGCUUAUUUCCAUCUGUAUUCAGAUUUCAGUUUGUUUAUCGGUUGGUCAUUGUACAUCAUACAUAGUUGAUAAAAAACCCUAAUACUAAUAAAAUAAUUAAAUUAC